CUCCAUAGAAAUGGACGGAAGCCAAAGUCACUCUCUCAGUCUCACUCCCAGUCUCAGUGUCAGUAGUCUCUAUUCACAUUAAAUCACCGGCGACUUUCUGGCGUCGAGACCUUAUUAACGCAUCGAUCGCAUCCGGAUCGAAGAUGGGGAGAGAAUGAAGAGUUUUUAUCGUCGAGGAUUGUCAUGUCUAUAUCCUCAUCUCUCUCCGAUUGUUCCUCCGAUCUUCUCUGUUGUGAGGACGCCGGCAUAUUUGACGGAGACUCGCCGGAAUGUUCAUUUCCACCUCUCGAACUCCCUGCCGACAUCGAGUUUUCGAUUGCCGGAUUCGUAGAGGAAGAAGGAGAGUACAUGCCUGGAUUGGAUUACUCCACCAGGUUUCGGUCUCAAGAACUCGAUUCUUCAGCUCGAGAGGAAUCCAUUGCAUGGAUUCUCAAGGUGCAUGCGUUCUAUCGCUUCCAACCUUUAACGGCAUAUCUCUCCGUCAAUUACAUGGAUCGUUUCCUCUCCUCCCGUCGCUUGCCGGAAGUAAAAGGAGGAGAGUGGCCAUUACAACUGUUAUCUGUGGCAUGUUUGUCAUUAGCUGCUAAAAUGGAGGAAACCCUAGUCCCUUCCCUUCUGGAUUUCCAGAUUGAAGAUGCCAAGUUCAUAUUUGAGCCCAAGACUAUCCGCAGGAUGGAGCUUUUGGUAUUGGGUGCCUUGAACUGGAGGCUGCGUUCCAUAACACCUUUCGACUUCAUCACUUUCUUCGCCUUCAAAGUAGACCCGACUUCUACUUUUAUAGCCUCCCUCGUCUCACACGCCACCCAAAUUAUCCUAACCAUUAUCCGAGAGAUAAACUUCAUAGACUACUGGCCAUCAUCGUUGGCUGCUGCAGCGAUACUUUGUGCGGCGAAGGAGAUACCAAACCUAUCGAUUGUUGUUAACCCUGGAAGUGCUGGAUCCUGGUGCCAAGGACUAAACAAAGACAGGAUUGUGAGUUGCUACAGGCGAAUGGUUGAACACAGUAGCCAGAGAAAGCCUCCAAGAGUCGUACCCCAGUUCAUCAGAGUCAUAACUUUGGGUGGGAUCCCUUAUGAUAGCACAUCAUCUUCCUUAUCAUCAUCUUCAUCUCCAUCAAGCAAAAGGAGAAAGCUAAACAACAACUACUCAUGGGUAGAGGACAAAGACAACCCUAUCAACUCUGAAGAAAGUGAGAUUGAAAGAGGUGGUAAAAAUAUUUGUUGGUCCAAAGGUGUCUAGCUAAAAUUCUCAAUCAAUAUAUUUUUUGUGUUGAGGAAGAUUUGUUUUGUAGAGUGAUAUUGAUUAUUGACUUUGGGUGAUAUAGAGUUUUCUAGUGUCUGGGUGGGUAUUGGGGGGGGGGGGAGUUUUGGAGCUUUUGGGUAUCUUUCUUUGUCUGCUUCCCUUUUUUUCUGGGUUGGGGUGUGUGCAAUGCCCUUAAUUAAUGGGUUGAUGAUAGUAGUUGCAGAUUCCCAAGGGGGGAUUUGUUAUUCAUUUCUACUGAGAGAGAGAGAGAGUGAAAGAGAUGCUUUCAUUAGUGGAGUGUCUUGAUGGGAGUGUGAAAGAAGUGGGGAUUGAAUUCAAAGGUAGCAUUCAUUGUUGAAUGGAAGGGAAGGGAGAUGGUGGGUCAGGGUGUAGGGUUGGCAAAAUAAGGGUUUGAAGAUUGAGCUGUGUUCAUGGUCAUAGGUGGUAGAUAAGUCAAGAACUUCUCAUUCAAGAGGCCACCAUCACUGCUUUUCAACUAGCUCCUCCCCCUUUGUUUAAUGUAGUGGAGGGGUAUUCACCAAGACACAAAAGAGAAGUGUACUGAGAAUAAUAAGUUGGAGAUAUUUGUAAGUAUUUAAGUAGAGAGACUCAAAAUAUUCAAGAGGAGAGUAGUAUGUGUGUCCACGUACGGGUUCGUGGGCACGCGUGUGCCUGUGUAUGCUUGAUGUUUUUUUGGCGGGAAAAAGCCUCUUUCUGAUGGCCUAACUUUGGCCUAACCGGUUUCCACUUGUGUGUAUUCUUUUUUUUUUUCCCCCUUUCUUUCAGAGUGAGGGAAAGGAAAUGGCCCAUGUUUGGCCCAACUAAAUUUAAAGGUCUUUGGGGCCUUUAAAAUAUGAAAAAGCUUUGUUGUAUUUUGUUGAUAUCAAAUAAUGGAAUUUUUAUAUAUUUAUUA